AUGAUUGCCGUUGAUGGAAAGGAUUUCGUCAACAGCGACACUGGAGACCGUUUCCAGAUCAUCGGUAUCGAUUAUCAACCCGGUGGUCAGUCCGGCUUCUCUACCAAGAAGGACCCCCUGAGUGACCCCGACACUUGUCUGCGUGAUGCUGCCCUCAUGCAGCGCCUGGGUAUCAACACCAUCCGUGUAUACAACCUGGAGCCCUCGCUCAACCACGACAAGUGUGUCUCUUACUUCAACGGUGCCGGUAUCUAUAUCAUUCUGGAUGUCAACUCGCCCCUUGACAAUGGCUCUCUCAACCGUGGCGAGCCCUGGACCUCGUACAACCCCGUCUACUUCCAGCAGGUCUUCGGUAUCAUCGAGGCCUUCAAGUCCUACCCCAACGUCCUGGGUUUCUUUGCUGGUAACGAGGUUAUUAACGAGGAUGCUGAGUACCUGGUUCCCGCCUACGUUCGCGCCGUCAUCCGUGAUAUGAAGGAUUACAUCGCUAAGCACUCCAACCGCACCAUCCCCGUCGGCUACUCCGCUGCCGAUGUCCGUAACAUUCUUAUGGACACCGACCGCUACUUCGAGUGCCACAUGAAGAACUCGACUAGCUCGCAGGCCGACUUCUUCGGUCUGAACUCUUACUCCUGGUGCGGCAAGGCUUCCUACAAGUCCUCCGGCUACAAUGUUCUGACCGAGGAUUUCUCCAACUCCACCAUGCCCGUCUUCUUCUCCGAGUACGGCUGCAAUGAGGUCAAGCCCCGUGUCUUCACCGAGGUCCAGGCCAUCUACGGCGAGGAGAUGACCCAGGCCUUCUCCGGUGGUCUUGUCUACGAGUGGACCGAGGAGGACAACGAGUACGGUUUGAUCCAGGUCAACAAGAACGGCAGCGUCACCCUGCUGGUCGACUACGAGAACCUGCAGGGACAAUUCGGCAAGCUGGACAUGGACCGUAUCGAGUCUAGCAACUCCUCGCAGACCAGCGUUACCCGCGAAGAGUGCAGCGCCGACCUGAUCACCAACAAGAAGUUCCUCAACGCUUGGAACCUGCCCACCCGUCUGACCAAGAUCAACAACUACAUUGAGAACGGCCUGCCCAACAAGCCCUCCGGUUCUCUGGUCUCCGUCUCCAGCACCUCCAUCCCCGUCAAGGUCUACGGCUCCGACGGCAACGAGAUCUCCGACAUCAAGUACAAGGUCCUGGCUGACGACCAGGUGAACAAGCCUUCCAGCACUGGUACUAGCUCGAGCAGCAGCAGCAGUGACUCCUCGGCCUCUGGCACUAGCACCUCGUCUUCCUCCACUGGAACCUCUACUUCCACCAACGCUGCCUCAAUGAACGGCGCCUCCUCCGUCCUUGUCGGCGGUGUUAGCGGCUUCUUCAUGCUGCUUGCUUCUCUUAUGUAG